AUGUCUGCAAAUCGGAGCGCCACUACAUCUGAUUACGACCUCGACAUUCCUAUACCAGCAUCGGCGAGCGGUCUUCGUCAAGGUCUGACAUCCUAUGGAGAUGCACACUUUUCUUUGUUCUUGCGCAAAGUUUUCAUCAAAGCCCUUGGUUACAGUGAGGAUGCGCUGUCUCGGCCAAUCAUCGGUAUCGUCAACACAUGCAGCAGCUUCAACCCUUGUCAUGCCAACAUCCCUCAAUUGAUCGAAGCUGUCAAGCGAGGGGUGCAGCUUAAUGGAGGUCUCGCCAUCGACUUCCCCACCAUUAGUCUUCAUGAGAGUUUUGCGAGUCCAACAAGCAUGUUCCUCCGAAACCUGAUGAGCAUGGAUACUGAGGAGAUGAUCAGAGCACAGCCAUGCGAUGCUGUGGUACUUAUUGGAGGCUGCGACAAGACGACUCCCGCACAGUUGAUGGGUGGUAUCUCUGCGAACAAACCGAUCGUUCACCUUGUUACCGGCCCCAUGAUGCCAGGAAGCUAUAAAGGCGCCAGGAUUGGCGCAUGCACGGACUGCAGAAAUAACUGGGCUAGAUUUCGUGCUGGCACAAUUGACGUCGAAGACAUCUCAGCCAUCAACGACGAGCUCGCACCAACGGUAAGCAAGAACAAGAUGUCAUCAAAUCGAAUUCUGAAUAACAUUUUGAAGGCAGGCACUUGCGGUGUCAUGGGGACAGCGAGCACCAUGGCCUGCAUUCUCGUGGCUCUUGGCAUGAUGCCAUUCAAAGGUGCUACUGCUCCAGCUGUCUCGUCGGCGCGUCUGCGAAUUGCUGAAGAAAGUGGGAAGCUCGCUGUGGAUGCGGCAGCGACAAGGAGAGUUCCACAGGCUCUUCUAUCGCGCGAAUCGUUUCUCAACGCUAUGAUCGUCCUACAGGCUAUAGGAGGCUCGACAAAUGCUGUUGUCCACUUGAUGGCAAUUAUUGGUCGUCAUCCGACAGUCGCAGGUACUAUCGAUUUGAGCACGUUUGACGAUAUAGGACGCCGAACCCCGCUACUGGUUGAUCUCAAACCAAGCGGGAAAAACUAUAUGACCGAUUUCCACAACUCCGGGGGUAUGCUAGCAUUGUUGCACGCACUAAAGCCCUUGUUGUACCUGGACGUGAUGACGGUUUCCGGUAAAAGUCUCGGGGAGGAAAUCGACUCUGCACCGUAUGCACGAGUACCUCGAAGCAGUCCCACGAAUUGUUUGCAUUCUCUAGCCGAUCCGCUUUACCCAGCAUCGUCCCUAGUUGUUCUCCGUGGCAAUUUAGCCCCCGGUGGUGCGGUGAUGAAGGCCAGUGCUUCCAAGGACCGAACGCUGCUGCAACAUAGCGGCCGAGCUGUAGUAUUUGCGAACUCUGCAGACUUAGCAGCGAGAAUUGAUGAUCCUGAGCUGGACGUUCAUGCAGACAGCGUUCUUGUCCUCCAGAACAUUGGACCUGUAGGAAAUCCAGGGAUGCCGGAAGCAGGCUUGAUACCCAUUCCACGCAAGCUCAGUGAGAAGGGAGUUGAAGACAUGUUACGCCUUUCCGACGGACGGAUGAGUGGUACUGCUGGGGGUACAAUCGUUUUGCAUAUAUCUCCGGAGUCUUCGAAUUCCGACUCUGUGCUGGGCGUUGUUCAGAACGGCGAUAUAAUCGAAUGCGAUGUUGACAAGCGGUUGUUGCAUCUUCGCGUUUCUGAUGAGGAAAUCGAACAGCGCAUUGCAUCGAGGAAAUUGAAGCUGAAAGCGACUGUGACAGAGCCUGCAAGCCAUACAAGAGGCUACCGUGGUUUGUACAUGCGAACGGUGAAUCAAGCGCAACAGGGAGCUGACUUCGAUUUCUUGACAGCAGCGGGUCCUACGUAG